AUGUCGGCAGAACCUCAGUGUAAGAGCCUACAAGGUGAGCACCAAGUGGACCAAGUCCGAGAGGAUCUUGCCUUACUGUGUGGCGGAGUGACAAGUCUGAGACUGGAGGAGUUUGAUACAGGAGAAAGGGAUGUAUCUGUGUACUACCAUAACGAGGUUGUUUUUGAGCUGAUCCCGAGCUCUAACCCAGCGUCCCAGGACAACAGUCAGGACUGGGAGGACCUGGUGGAGGGUGUCGUCAGGCCUGAGGGCUCAUGGGAAGACUUCUGUCAGGAGGACCUGGAUUCAUAUGCUGAUGUCCCACCUGACUUACUUGAAGAGCCUGCAUCAGAAGACACCAUGGGCAGGUACAGGGCCCAGCUGCCUGCUCUACAGGCCAUGUGUGACAGACUCAAACCCAAGAUGGUCCAGGAUCCUUUCAUCAGUUCACAAGGAAAGGGCUACUACUCAGAGAAGGACAUAUUCAAAGAAGAUAUGAGUCCCACGGAGUACAAAGUUGAUGUAGUAGAGAACCAUGUGCUAGGGGAAGUGUUUGAGAAACAACCCCUUUUGGAUGCAGAGGUAGGCGAGUGA